GGAAAACAGACAGUCUGCGCUCCGCUCCGCUCCACGCCGCCAGCAGGCAGAUCACUGUCUGCUCCGCACCAAGUCCUGGAAAAUAUCCUGCGGAGCCACGUAAACGGCAUUUGUUUCAUUAUAUAACCGGCGAGAGACAAAACUGCAACAGAGUAUCAGUGCUGACCAAGAGAUGUCCUGCAUGCAGAAUAUGAGCACCUUAUCUCCCCACCGAGCCCCGUAACCAAUGGCAACCUCAGUCCAGACUCUUCCUCUGACCCGUGGCCCCAACAAAAACUUCCGCCACCCUUUCCCAAAUCCGCCCCUCUCCUCCCGUUGCGGCAUGGGAAGCGUUGGCAGUCUGGUAGAGAGACCAGACGUAUCUCCCACUAAAUUGAACCGUGCUGUUCCCCAGGUGAGACCCAAACAGUCCAACGGCCUCCUUAAGAAAGGCUUCACCCAGAGAGAGCUACUCAACUACCUCAACAUCACCAGAAAAGAGCCUAAAGCAAGCCACAGCAGUGACAGUAAGAAGGACAUUAUCUCCGGCCUCGCCUCCAUCAGCGGACGAGAGGAGGACGUGUACGCCAAGGUCUACCAUAAAGACGGCACCGAAGUUGAUUUGACAAAGAACUCACUACCAAGUGGGGGCAAGUAUGAAAAGGCUCGUUUCAGGUCUUCUGCCUUUAAGCCGGUCACCCCCAAAAACUUCAGCUCCAUGCAGAACUUGUAUCCGUCUUCCAAGUCGGAGGAUAUGGAUCACGGCCUUUCCAAUGGGCUGCACAGAGCCUACGCCCAUGUCCCUAAAGCUGUAUCCACCUCCUCUUCAUCUUCCUCACCCUCGCGUCAUGGAGGACCAACAUCCAGUGCUAACAAGGCAGUACGUGGGUUGAGCCAGGAGGAUGAUAAUCUGUCAGACUCGGGCCAUAACUCCAUGAGCAGUCUGCCGCCAUACCGGCCCCCCUUCCGCCCACACCUGGCUCACAUCAGCGCAUCUAUGGGCCACAUCAACACCAUCGGCUCCCUGGACCGCACCUCUCUGGGCCAGAAGGCUGUUGGGUCAGGGGGUGUGGCCAUAGGGGAGAUGGCGUGUCGGAGCAUGGCGACCCUUAGUCGUCUGGCUCCAUAUAGUGGGGAGGCUCCACCUCCUUAUGAAUGGACACUCUCCCUGUCUGUUGAGGAAGUGGUGCGCGAUCUGGAGGAGCGCCUGGUGGAGAAAGAACAGGAGCUGAAACAGAUGAGGAGAAACCUGGAUGAGAGCGAGGGCGCAAUCGCUCAGGUGUUUGAGGGCAAACAGCGUCUGUGGGAGAAGGAGGUGGAGGAGCUGAAGCGCCUCUAUGCCGCCAAGCUCCGUCAGGUUUCCCAGCAUGCCCAGCGUUCCCAGCGCACGCUGCAGUUGCAGCUGUACAAAGCUCAGCAGGAGAAGACUCGACUGCAAGAGGAGCUCGACACUCUGAAAAGGGAAAAAAGCCAGGAGGCUGGAGCCAUGGUGAAGCGAACCAGUCCAACCCUGGAGGAGACGCAGUGGGAGGUUUGCCAGAAGUCAGGGGAGAUCUCUUUGCUAAAGCAGCAGCUCAGGGACUCCCAGGCAGAGGUGACACAGAAGUUGAGUGAGAUCUUCCAGCUAAAGACGCAGCUCAGGGAGACCCGCACAGACCUGCGUAACCGGGAGAGCCAGAUAGACGCACUAAAGCUUGCCCUGCAGGGGACGCAGCGUCGCAGAUGCCCCUCUCAGACUGCCCAUGAAGAUGGAAAAGGAGCUGAAGAGAGUGCUCCAGCUGGGGCGACAGGAGGGUGCGGGGGACCUACAGAGGAGCGUCUGCGUGCAGAGCUACUGUUGGAGCGACGCCAGAGCGAGGCCCAGGCCAUGGCUUUUGAGGAAGAGAGGCAGACAUGGCAGACAGAAAAGGACAAGGUCAUCCACUACCAGAAGGAGCUGCAGGCCAGCUACUUAGAGAUGUACCACCGCAAUGAAUUGCUGGAGAGGGAACUGCACCAGCUGAGGGCAAGCAGAGAGCGAGUAGCAGGAGGACAAGGAGGAGGAGGAGGAGCAGGAGCAGGAGCAGGAGGAGGAGCAGGAGGAGGAGGAGGAGGAGGGAGCAGGAAUGGGACAUUAGAAAGAGAAGUGCCAGAGCUGAGGAGUGAAAGAGGAGGGGAACAACAAGAGGACAGACCUUCCUCUGGUCUGCCAUGGAUAGAGAGGAUUGAAUCAUCUGAAAUUUGAAUGUGUCAGACUCAUUUGCAAUGUAAACUGUUUUUGCCUGACCACGUCUGCCAGGAAAAGAAAAAAGAAGGACUCAUUAGGCAAAAUUAUGAAAUAAUAAGUCAAAAUUAUGAGAUAAUAUAUUUUUAAAAAGUUUCACCACAUUUUAGGUUCUAUAUGAAAAUGUUGAUUUGUCAAAAUAAUCAGUUAUGUCGUCAAAAUAUUCUCACUAAGUAAAGGUUGUGAGAUAUUGGUAAAAAGUUACCUCGUCAUUACCAAUAAUUUUACUCAAACAUUUGACUUAUUUCAUAGUUUUGUCUCUAAAUUUUGACUCUUGGGGUAUUUUUUAUUUUUUAUCUCUUCUUUUCCUGGCAGCACCAGGCCUCCGUAGCUUCCUGUCUGUUCACUUUUCUCUGCCCAUGCACCUAUGUUGAUUUGCCCUUCUCCUGCAAAGACUGGACCAAUAACCUCCUACACUGAUACUGCACAGAAAUCUUAUGCCUGUGUAGCAUCUAUCCAUGGAAAAGAGUUGUAUCAUUUCUGUAUAAAACAUGGUCAAACUCCAACCAAGAACCCAGACUGUCCUGCUUAAGAUUUCUGUCCAGAUGUCAACCUGUAAAUGAACACAUUCAUAAGCUGAUUAUUACCAGUUGUGAUAAUUUGGUAGUUACUUUUUGGACUGUUGUAAAGCCUUGACAGUAACUGAAGGAUUUAAAGGGAUUUUGUGCAACCCUGUAUCUUCUCAGCACCUGUGGAUUCAGAGUUCACCUGGACUCUGUGAGGUAAACUGCAUCUCUGGGUUAAGUAUUGAGGAUUAGAGCUCUCUGGUGCCAAGUUACUUAGGCUAUUUGUUUGCCAUCAAGACAGCUACUUUUAAGAAACUGGAUAUGUUGGAUUUAUCUCUGUCACUAAGUUUCUGGGUCCUGUCAAAUGAGAUCAAUAUAUUUUGUACAUAAUUGUAAUUUUUGACUUGAUUUGCCUUUUUGUCUCUGUGUCCCAAGCACACUGUUGUCUUAAAUGGGCACACUUCCACACCUUUUGAAUGCUAUGAAAGUGAUAGUAGAUGAAUGUGACUGCUCUGCUUAUUGGUGCGAUGUGGUGCACUUUCCCAUACAGUAACAUCAAAUGCAUGACAUAGGUGAAAUUGUUUUUUCUGUAUUGUUUAUUAUAAAUAUACGAACAUUCAAAAGCCAGCUCUCAAUCGACCUUUCAACAUACUGUGACUCUUGUCUAUUUACUGGAAUUAAAACUGUACAGUAUAACUAUAUAUGAUUGUUCUGGAUUCAUAAUAAACAGUUAUGAC